CGGCACAGAGUUACUAUGAUGGGGCUUAUGGUCAGCUUAUGGGUGCCAGCGCAUCAUGGGAAACAAAACGACAGAUAGGACAGCAAAGGAAGCAUAAAGAGACUUUCAGUGGAUUAUCAGUGUUAGCAGGACAGAGAUUAAGAGUAGAAUACGGCACAAAAUGAAAGAACGGUGGCAAAAGCAGUGGACGGUGGUUUUACAACAUCCAAAGGAAAAGAGGAGAAAUGAGAAGCACAGGAAGAGGAGAGGAGACGGUUAUAUCUGGACGUCUGCACGUUGUCUUUAAUAGGAAAACACCGAACAGGAAAGUGUGACUGCAACAGAGAAAAGAAACGACAGAAGAUCAGAAAUAUGAUGCUGAAAGCUGGUCAAAAAGCUCGGCGGUGAAACUGGACUUGGUUUAUUUAUUUCGUAAGAACUGGAGAAGUGAAAGUUAUCAGAGCAUGUUUUGGUUUUUAACGCAGACUCGUUUGUUUGGGAGGAUUUGAAUUUAUUUGAUUUUAUUUUGUUGCUGACAUUUCGGUCCACACUCCGGUAAUGCACCAUUUUGCUCUUUGACAACCUCCAAUAAACUGUACUAUACAGAAGAAGCUUCUGUCGGUAAAGUUGUGACGUUGUCAGUGACGUUGCGACAGGUCACGUGCUGUGUGGGUCAGCUGACUGCCUUCUUCCGGGUUUUCUGAUCGGUGUUUGCUGUGGUGUCUCCGCUGUGAUCCAGAGUCAGACGGCCAUGAACGCCUCCGACAGCGAUGAAGACAUCUACAACGAAAGGUCGGCCUUGGUCCGGUCUGAGUCUCCCGCUCUCCCCUCCUACAUACCGGACUCAGACCUCACGCCCCCCAAUGGCACGCCAACCAAAAGGUUAAAGGCGGGGAUAAGCAGGAGGCCUGGGGCAGCCGCUGCAGAUGGCGGCGGGUCAGAUCCGGAGGUGGAAGCUGAGGAAGAAGAGCUGACCCUGAAGUAUGGCGCCAAGCACGUCAUCAUGCUCUUCAUCCCCGUCACCCUAUGCAUGGUCGUCGUGGUCGCCACCAUCAAGUCUGUGAGCUUCUACACGGAGAAGACGGACCAGCAGCUGAUCUACACGCCAUUCACCGAGAACACCUCCUCCGUUGGCCGUCGCCUCCUCAACUCCGUCCUGAACACCAUCAUCAUGAUCAGCGUCAUCGUAGUCAUGACCAUCUUCCUGGUCGUCCUGUACAAGUAUCGCUGCUACAAGUUCAUCCACGGCUGGCUCAUCCUGUCCUCCCUCAUGCUGCUCUUCUGGUUCAGCUUCAUGUACCUGGGGGAGGUGUUUAAGACGUACAACCUGGCGAUGGACUACCCGACGGUGGGCGUGAUCAUCUGGAACUUUGGGGCGGUGGGGAUGAUCUGCAUCCACUGGAAGGGCCCGCUCCAGCUGCAGCAGGCCUACCUGAUCCUCAUCAGCGCCCUCAUGGCCCUCGUCUUCAUCAAAUACCUGCCCGAGUGGUCGGCCUGGGUCAUCCUGGGCGCCAUCUCCGUCUACGACCUGGUGGCCGUCCUCAGUCCUAAAGGUCCUCUCAGGAUGUUGGUGGAAACGGCUCAGGAGCGUAACGAGCCCAUCUUCCCCGCCCUCAUCUACUCCUCCGCCAUGGUGUGGACGGUGGGGAUGGCGAGCCCCAAUGAGACUCAGCGCUCUGAACCAGAUGAGGAGGCGGAGCAAAGCGACGGGAGGGCAGAGCCUCCCAGCAGACACUCCAGGUUGCUACCAGAGGACGAGAUGGAGGAGGACAGAGGCGUGAAGCUAGGCCUCGGCGAUUUCAUCUUCUACAGCGUUCUGGUUGGAAAAGCCGCGGCGACCGGGGGCGACUGGAACACGACGCUCGCCUGCUUCGUUGCCAUUCUUAUCGGUCUGUGCCUCACUCUGCUGCUGCUGGCCAUCUUUAAGAAGGCUCUGCCGGCGCUGCCCAUCUCCAUCACCUUCGGCCUCGUCUUCUACUUCUCCACGGACUUCCUGGUUCAGCCCUUCAUGGACAACCUGGCCGCUCACCAGUUUUACAUCUGAGACAAAGCUCCGUCCACCUCACCCCCUCCUCGUUAUCUCGCUGGACUGCUGCCUUUUGUUGAUGUAAUGCACAAAGAUUGUUUCCUGCUCUCGUCCUCAGACCGCAGGAACUGAUGUAAGAGUGUGCGGAAGGUGGGCGUGGCAGUUACCUGGUUGUUUCUGCUCAGGUUGUUUCUAGGUCACCUGCUGACUGAUAUUUAAGCCCUGUCUGUAGUCUGUUUCUGAAGCCGUGAUGGUAAUGUCACCACGACUCUCUGUGAUUGGCUGACAUUCCCGUCAUUCUUCAGUUAUUUUAAGCUCAUCGCUCUAACUUCAGGAAACAGGUGGGAUGUCUGAUUGGGUCAUGUGACCUAACGAAACUUACCUGAGGGACGAGCUCACUUUGAGUGAAGCGCUUCAGGGCCAUGACAUGAAACCCUGAGUGGCCAAAUUUAAAAAGUGCAGUGGGAGGAGUCUGAA